AUGGACACACUCAAGGAAUCAAGCGACGUCAUGGUACACGAAAGCCACCACCAAAAGCCUAGCUCGGAGGCUGAUGCUGUCAAGCAGAGCAUUGAAGAGCCCAUGGAACCCGUCCCACGCCUUGGAGCGAAGACGUUCUUAGUCGUUUUCUCUGUGUGCUUCAUUUACUUUGCGCAGUUGAUCAACGUCGUAGGCGCCGGUGCACAAGCACAAAAUAUCGCUGCGGUUCUGAGCAAUAGUACUGAUAGCGUCUGGUUGACCUCAACGAUUGCUAUUGCGACGGUGGUUUUAUCUCCAAUAGUGUCGCAAGCAGCAGACUACUGGGGCCGAAGAUGGUUUCUCAUUAUCCUAACGGCCUGCGGUGUAGUCGGAUCGGUCGUGGUUGCACGAGCAAAUAGUAUGAGCAUGGCGAUUGCCGGCUUUGCAGUUACUGGUCUUUCCUAUGGUGCCCAGUCGCUGCUCCACGCUGUCGCAUCCGAGGUCAUUCCUCGUCGGAGCAGACCCUGGGCGCAGGGCGCAACAAACGCAUCGGCAGCUCUUGGUGGACUCGUUGGCCUACUUGUCGGCGGCGCCUUGACACGGAAUGGCCACCCUGAAGGGUUCCGCAACUACUGGUAUAUGUCGACUGGGAUCUACGCCGUUGCGACGGUCUUGAACCUCGUGCUAUAUAAGCCACCAAAGACAGCAAGACAAACAAGCUUUACUAACGGCCAGAAGUUGGCCAAGUUGGACUGGAUAGGAUACUUUCUCCUCACUGCUGGCUUGGUGCUGUUCUGCAUGGGACUUUCUUGGUCUCAGAACCCAUUCUCCUGGACCGACCUGCAUGUGCCGGUGCCGUUUGGUGUCGGUCUGGGCCUUCUCGCGGCUCUGGCUGUGUACGAAGCGUUUUUCAAGAAGGAUGGUAUGUUCCACCACGGCCUCUUCUCGCAGGGACGCAACUUCCCAAUCGCCCUUAUGUGCGUGUUCGUUGAAGGGUUGGUAUUCUUCGCUGCCAAUAACUACUUCGCCUUUCAAGCCGGAAUUUUGUACGAGACAGACUCUCUUCGAACAGGACUUCGAUACGGUAUCAACAUGAUCGUAUACGGAGUUAGCGCCGUUUUUGCAGGUCUCUACUGCUCCAAGACCAAGAAUGUGCGCUGGCCUACGGUCUUGGCCUUUGUUUCCAUGAUCAUCUUCUUCGCACUGAUGGCUUCUUCGACACCCGCAACAUCAGACGCUGUCUGGGGUUAUCCUGUCUUCUUGGGUAUCGGUCUCGGUAUUUGCCUUUGUGCUCUUGUCACCGUUGCCCAGUUAUCAACCCCACGAGAACUCAUCGCCAUUACUAGUGGCCUGAUGAUCGGCAUGCGAUCCUUGGGUGGUUCGGUAGGCUUGGCCAUUUACAAUGCAAUCUUUGCAGGAGAGUUGACCACGAAUCUGGGGCACAACAUUGCAGAAGCAGUCCUGCCGCUUGGGCUUCCCAUGUCCUCUCUUGGCCAGUUCAUCGGAUCUUUGACAGCGCAAGACACCGCUGGCCUGUUGAAGGUCCCUGGUGUUUCUCCCGAGAUCAUCCAAGCUGGGGCCGGCGCUCUGCUUCAGACAUACAGUGUCGCUUUCAGAUGGGUUUGGACUGCCGCUGGAGCGUUCACGGUUGUUGUGGCUAUUGCGGCCAUGUUCCUGGUUGAUCCAAAGGAGGAAUUCAAUAUGCAUAUUGACGCGCCCGCAGAGAAGCGCGCAGAACUCUAUGAAGAUUGA